AAUGGUCAGCACUCAGCAUUGCUCCAGCACACGAUUGAUGUACGUUAUCUUUUACGAAGAAGCUACACUACAGAUAAGAUUUCUGUCGUAUUCACGGUUUUAAUACGAUCCUAUUUCGUCGCCUGAUUUGGCAAUAAUCCGUUUGAACGUUAAAUUGCGUUAAAUCUCGAACCUACAGACUCUUCGGAGACGUAUUGUUAUUAUGGCAGCUCAGGUACAUGAAUUCAACGUCGAAAUGACAUGCGAAGGAUGCUCGACGGCUGUGCAGAACGUGCUCAGGAAAAAAGCAGGUAUCGAUGACAUCAAGAUAGAUUUACCAGAGAAGAAGGUAUCUGUGACCACUGCGCUUGAUUCAAACGAGAUUUUAGAAACGCUCAAGAAAACAGGAAAAACUUGUCAGUUUUUAAGAACUCAUUAAGGGACAUGAAUGAUCUAUGUGAUGUGAUUGUAACAGGUGCUGUUAAAUAUAUCAGGCAUACAUUAUGAUGUGU